AGAAAACCCAACGAUUUUACCGAGUCAUCAAUCCAACGGCUAAUAACUACCUUUUGACCUUAUCCCCACUUUCUCUCAUCAUUUCGACACGGUCUCCGAACCGGUUUAUCCCGUUUCCAAGGGACCCCACUUUUAAAUUGAGUUGGUCAAAUUUUUGAAUACGUGGAAUAAUUUCAUUGAGAGGUGAGUUUGACGGCAAUAUGUAACAGAAGGACAGGUCAGUGACCCAAUGCCUUGCAUUGAGAAGGCAUCGGUUUGACUCGAAUCUUUCGGUUCUUCCCUUUUAUCAUAAUCAUCUUCCACAUUCUAUCUUUGCUUUUCUUUUUUCAUCAUUAUUUCAGUUCAUUUUCCCUCUUCUUGUGUAUGUAGUCUUUCUUUUCUUUAUAUCUAUAAAACUGCUUUCGCUCCGAGUUAUCAAAAUUGCGGGUGUGAGGGAAUUGGUUUUCCUGGAUGAACAGAGAUGGCUGUGGAAUUAGUGAUGGGAUACGGUCGUGGUAAUAGUUUUGUAGGGAAAAUGGAGGAAACUGCUUUGAAAGAAGCGGCAACUGCUGGGAUUCAAGGUGUUGAAGAAUUGAUAAGAUUGAUGUCUAAAAGUCAACAGCUUUACAAUCGCGAUGCUUCUUUUAAAACUUCUUCCCCUUCAGGUUCAGAGCCAACCAUGGAAAUCCAAGCUGUUACAGAUAAGACUGUUAACUCCUUCAAGAAGGUCAUAUCUUUACUGGGUCGACCGAGAACUGGCCAUGCUCGAUUUAGACGCGCCCCUCUUAGCCCUCUCCGACGAGAAGAGAAACAACGGCAACAAGAUUCACAACAACCUCGGAAGAAGAUUCAAGAGUCAGGGACUUCUUCUGUUCAAGUAAGCAAAGAUCAGGUGUCUGCUUUUAAGCCUUUUUGUUCAACCCCAUGCCAUAGGUUGCCUCCUUUGCCUCAUAAUCACCAGCAGAGUAAAAGCAGUCCUCUUUUGGUGGCAAAGACUGGUCUUUUGGAGAGAAAUGAAGCAACUAGCAAUAUCAAUUUCUCAUCUUCGCCUACUCUGUCUGGUGGGAAUUCUUUUAUGUCUUCAUUGACAGGGGAUAAUGAUAGCAUGCAGCCAUCUCUCUCCUCUGGCUUCCAAUUUACUAGUCCUUCCCAUGUUCCUACUUCUGGUAAACCUCCUUUAUCUUUCCCUUUGAAAAGGAAGUGCAAUUCGAUGGAUGAUGCUGCUGUCAAGUGUAGAUCGUCCUCUGGAAGUUGCCACUGCUCCAAGAAAAGGAAAUCAAGAGUGAAGAGAGUCAUUAGAGUUCCAGCUAUUAGCAACAAGAUGGCUGAUGUUCCUCCUGAUGAUUAUUCGUGGAGAAAAUAUGGCCAGAAACCAAUCAAGGGUUCUCCUCAUCCAAGGGGCUAUUACAAAUGUAGCAGUGUCAGAGGCUGCCCCGCAAGGAAACAUGUAGAGCGAGCUCAAGACGAUCCAAGUAUGCUGAUUGUAACAUAUGAAGGGGAUCACAAUCAUAGCCACAACGUCACGGAUGUACCAGCAGCUUUGGUCCUGGAAUCGUCUUAAGUCCCACCACCCAUCCAACGGCCCUGAAAAUGGUCAUAAAAAUUGAAUCUGACUCGUCAAAGCAACUCCUGAAAGAUCAGGCUAUCAAUAGGGUUUUCAGAUAGUCAACUUAGAGCCCGGGCUCUGUCUCCAAGAAGACAAAAAGAUUGAUUAGCGGGUACACUAGCUCUUUGAAAAAAGAAAAUAUAGGAUUCCCUGUUUUUGGUUUUGGCUCAGCACAAGACUUUGUUUAGGAAAAAAUAGUCAUGGAGCAGGAGAUUGUGGAUUUGGUGGGAGUUGAAUCAUGCAAGUAGUGGGGGUUUCUUUCUAUUUUUUAAUGUUCUUAUACUCAAUUACCGGAAUUUUCUCCCUUUAAUAUACAGUAUAAUAUGGUGUGGAUCUUGCUGAGGAUGCUCUCACUUUAUUUUGUUCCGAUAUCCACUAAAGCUCUGAAUUCUCCAUUAUUUUAUACUUGUUUCCCCAUAUUUUAAAUGUUUAUCUUAAUUUGAUGGAAAAUUCAAUGAGCAAAGAUAAGAAAUUUUCAUUUCCUUUUAGCGACGGAUAGUGUCUUGUAUGUGAAGUUUGACCAAAUUUGAUAGUGUUGAGUGGAGUAUGAUAAAGAAACAAAGAUGGGCGUGGAGGUUUUUUUGUCAGCUUCUGAAAGUUUCCCAAUUCCGUGAAUUUUGUGGACUGAAGUUGCGAUCAUGGAUUUAUGGUCAGAUUUGGUAGUGGUAGAGAAUCUAGAGUGUUGGGGAGGGUUGGAUUUUUGAGAGCUUCAGCCCCAUUUCAAAUUGGAGAAUAAUAGUGAGUCAAACUGGACGGUCUGGCGUGUUGAUGUAUUGUUCCCCCACUCACUUUUUUGUUUCCAAUUUCCACACCUGCUGUUUAUUUUCUUAGCUUUUCCAUGUUUUUUAAAGAUUAGGAAUCUGGAAUAGCAUUUCUUCUCUUCUUGUUUUUCUAUGGUAAGCGUUAGACGUUGCUUCACAAAACUUCCAGUGUUUAGGUCAAAGUUAAACCGUAAUUUACUAAUCUUUUUCUACUGUUCUUCAUUGCAUUUGAAUUUCGUCUCUACCAUUUUUCAAAAGAAAAGUACCAUUUGAUUACCGAUACCUCAAGGAGGGAUC